AGUAAAAGAAGAAAGAGGGGGAUUAAAAACGAGAAGAUGAUAGAGAGAAAGAUACAAGAAGAGAAAGAAAGGAAGAAUUAAAAAGAAGCAGAAGAAGAAGAAAGAUGGAAAGGGUGGAUGGAAAGAGGCCCAAAAGUCAACUGGUGGGGAUGAAAAGAAGAAGAAAAGAAGGAAGGAAGAAAGAGAAAAAAAAACGGGGGAAUCGAAGGGGGAAAAAGCAGGAAAAAGAAAAACAGGGCAAAAGGCGGAACGGAUAUGAUAUUAUAUGAUGGUUCUGUGUUAUAUAUUCUAUUAUAUCUAUUUUAUAUAUGCUGAUAUUA